AUGGAUGAGAGCAUGGAGAGCAGCGAUAACCCCCCCCAGGGUAUUGAAAUACUAAAACAUGGUGGCUAUCCCAUCGUCGAACAACUGACGACUCUCCUAAAUACAUGCUGGGCAACAGCUCAAGUCCCAGAGGAUUGGCAAAGAGGAGUCAUCAUCAAACUCCCAAAGAAAGGACAUCUCGCUGUUUGCAACAACUGGAGAGGGAUCACGCUCCUAUCCGUUCCUGGAAAGGUAUUCUGCAUCGUCCUUCUACGGCGCCUAAGAGAAGCAGUUGACAAGAAGCUUCGAGAAGAACAAGCUGGAUUUCGUUGUGGUCGAUCCUGCAAUGACCAAAUCUUUAUUCUACGGAACAUCAUCGAACAGAGUUUGGAAUUUCAGCAACGACUAUACAUCAAUUUUAUCGACUUUGUCAAGGCGUUUGACAGCGUGGACCGAGAAUCGCUGUGGUGCAUUGCUCGUGACUUUGGCAUACCCGAGCGCUUCGUCAACAUGUUUUGGAACCUAUACUACAAGUCAAGCUGCUGCGUGCGAACUGAAACAGGAAACACCGAUUUCUUUACCAUCGAGACUGGUGUACGACAGGGGUGCAUUCUGUCCCCCCUCCUGUUCCUCAUGGUGGUUGACUGCGUCAUGCAAAAAGCUAUGGAUCACCCUGAAUUUGGAAUUCCAUGGCGAGGAUCCGAACGGCUGACGGACCUUGAUUUUGCUGAUGACAUCGCCCUACUUGGAACAAUAAGAAAGAACAUAGAAGAAACGACAAAGAGACUGGAACAAGAAGCAGCCAAGAUAGCGCUUCGCAUAAGUACAACUAAAACUAAGGUUAUGCGAGUCGGAUACACCACCAAACAUGCCCUUUUGAAUAUUGGACAACAACAAAUUGAGGAAGUGGACAAGUUCACCUAUUUGGGCAGUAUUGAAAUACUAAAACAUGGUGGCUAUCCCAUCGUCGAACAACUGACGACUCUCCUAAAUACAUGCUGGGCAACAGCUCAAGUCCCAGAGGAUUGGCAAAGAGGAGUCAUCAUCAAACUCCCAAAGAAAGGACAUCUCGCUGUUUGCAACAACUGGAGAGGGAUCACGCUCCUAUCCGUUCCUGGAAAGGUAUUCUGCAUCGUCCUUCUACGGCGCCUAAGAGAAGCAGUUGACAAGAAGCUUCGAGAAGAACAAGCUGGAUUUCGUUGUGGUCGAUCCUGCAAUGACCAAAUCUUUACUCUAUGGAACAUCAUCGAACAGAGUUUGGAAUUUCAGCAACGACUAUACAUCAAUUUUAUCGACUUUGUCAAGGCGUUUGACAGCGUGGACCGAGAAUCGCUGUGGUGCAUUGCUCGUGACUUUGGCAUACCCGAGCGCUUCGUCAACAUGUUUUGGAACCUAUACUACAAGUCAAGCUGCUGCGUGCGAACUGAAACAGGAAACACCGAUUUCUUUACCAUCAAGACUGGUGUACGACAGGGGUGCAUUCUGUCCCCCCUCCUGUUCCUCAUGGCUGUUGACUUCGUCAUGCAAAAAGCUAUGGAUCAUCCUGAAUUUGGAAUUCCAUGGCGAGGAUCCGAACGGCUGACGGACCUUGAUUUUGCUGAUGACAUCGCCCUACUUGGAACAAUAAGAAAGAACAUAGAAGAAACGACAAAGAGACUGGAACAAGAAGCAGCCAAGAUAGCGCUUCGCAUAAGUACAACUAAAACUAAGGCGGCUACUCCUCCCCACAGCAUGGACGAAAUUCUCCAACGGCUGGCGGAGGUCAGCAUCCGCCAGCAGCAAAUAGUGGAGCAUCUCGCCACUCGACAGGGGGAAACUGAGCAGGAGCUCGCCACCCGCCAGCGCGUACCGGUACCGGAUCCCCGGGUACAGGCCGCCCAGCUGUUGCCCAAGAUGACCGCACACGAUGAUGUGGAAGUCUACCUUCAGAUGUUUGAGAACACCGCAACGACUGAGGGCUGGGAACACGACGACUGGGCACGAGCGCUGGCACCUCUCUUGACUGGGGAAGCCCAACGAGCCUUCUUCAGUUUACCGACCGCGGUGGCCACGCAAUACGAGGAAGUGAAGAGGGAAAUUCUGGCCCGGGUGGGGCUGUCUCCGGUAUGCGCGGCCCAAUAUUUCCAUGACUGGGUCUAUCAACUCCGCUUGCCCGCCCGUGCCCAGAUGUUACAGUGUGGUUAA